AUGUUACGGUGGAUGUCAGACGACACUCGGAGGAAAAAAGAACCGGAGGUGUAUAAUAAUGUAGUCGAGGGGCUGAAAAAAAUCUACAGAAAUAAACUCCUGCCUCUGGAGGAAACCUACAAAUACCACGAUUUUCAUUCCCCGGCUCUUGAUGAUCCAGAUUUCGAUGCUAAGCCAAUGAUCUUAUUGAUUGGGCAGUAUUCUACAGGUAAAACUACAUUUAUUCGGUAUUUGUUGGAACAAGAUUUUCCGGGCAUUCGCAUUGGUCCUGAGCCAACAACGGACCGAUUUAUCGUCGUUAUGGGGGCAGAGACUGAAGGGGUAAUACCAGGAAAUGCUCUUGUCGUUGACCCGAAAAAGCAAUUCAAGCCAUUAACAAAGUUUGGAAACGCCUUCCUGAACAGAUUUCAAUGUUCACAGCUGAAAAAUCCAGUUCUAGACAGCAUUACCAUUGUGGAUACGCCAGGUAUUUUAUCAGGGGAGAAGCAAAGAGUAGACAGAGGUUAUGAUUUUGCCGGUGUUCUGGAAUGGUUUGCCGAACACGUUGACAGGAUAAUUUUACUAUUUGACGCACACAAACUAGACAUUUCAGAUGAGUUCAGAAGAGCAAUUGAAGCUAUCAAGGGCCACGAUGAUAAAAUACGCAUAGUCUUGAAUAAAGCUGACAUGAUUAAUCAUCAACAGCUGAUGCGAGUGUACGGAGCCCUCAUGUGGUCUUUAGGUAAAGUACUAAAUACGCCAGAAGUUGCCAGAGUCUACAUUGGAUCUUUUUGGGAUCAGCCUUUGCAGUUUGACACAAAUCGGCGCCUGUUUGAAUUAGAAGAGCAGGACCUGUUCCGAGACCUUCAGAUGCUACCAAGAAAUGCGGCCUUACGAAAGCUUAAUGAUCUUAUCAAAAGAGCUAGACUGGCAAAGGUGCAUGCUUACAUCAUAGCUCAGCUCAAAAAGGAAAUGCCUUCAGUGUUCGGCAAAGACUCCAAGAAGAAAGAUUUGAUCAACAAAUUGCCGGAAAUUUUUGCUCAGCUUCAGCGGGAACACCAGAUUUCUCCUGGGGAUUUCCCCGACUGCAAGCGUUUCCAAGAACAAUUGCAGCACCAGGAUUUUACAAAGUUCCACCAGCUGAGGCCCAAGCUUAUUGAGGUUGUAGAUAACAUGCUUGCAACUGACAUUGCACGUCUUAUGCAAAUGAUACCCACAGAAGAGAGAGAAAAUGCUGAGAAGAAUGAAGCUAAUGGAAACAUUCAAGGUGGAGCUUUUGAAGGCUACACAGAAAGCCCGUUUGGUAUAGGCCGUGGUGAGGGAGCAGACGCAGGCCGCGGAGAACACGAGUGGGUCGUAGAAGCUAACAAAUAUGAGUAUGAUGACUCCUUUUCCAAGCUGAACCCAGUGAAUGGGAAGAUUUCAGGGGCAGCAGCCAAGUCAGAAAUGGUCAAAUCCAAACUACCAAAUACUGUCCUCUCAAAGGUGUGGAAGCUGGCGGACAUUGAUCGGGACGGCAUGCUGGAUGCUGAUGAGUGGGCCCUAGCCAACCAUCUCAUUAAAAUUAAGCUAGAGGGACACGAUCUUCCUAAUAACCUACCAGAGCAUCUUAUACCCCCAUCAAAGCGAGACGUAGCUGCUUCCUAG